GAAAGGAAGGAUCUAGCGGAUUAGUCAUGUUUCUGCCAUAAUGUCGAUUUGAGGCCAUUAUAGCCUACACUAAUAACAGUCAUUAAAUGUACAAUCUACUAGUAUCUUCUGCUGCAAAUGGAACAAUCAUGACCCAUGUAGAGUAGGGAAGAAAAGGUUACUGCUGAAGAGUCGAGACUUCAGAAUAGUCCACAUUUGGCAAACAGUGCCACACCAUACACAUCUAGACAGUAACACCAAAGACAUUCACCCCCACAGAUAAAAAGAGAAACAUUUACCCAUUCCGUUAUAACUUUCAAAAGUUGAUCGGCUUUGGGUCCUAAUUUCUCCGGACCUUGCAAGCUGCAGGAUAAUGCAACUGUUUCAAACAUUUACCUGGCAACUUGCAAAUUUCAGGCAGAACAGGCUAAUUAAUCCAUUUUAAAAAAUGUUGCAGCCUCUCAUCUCCAAGUUGGCCGUUCCGUUCCAAGCUGCACAUUGCAUUCCGGCCGGUCCCCAAGUCUGACCGCCCCCAUGUUUCCAGUACGCAUUCAACCUUCCUCGCUCAUGGCGUACUGGUCCAAUCACCAGACCAAUCCCUUUCAAAGACUAUCACCAAAAGAGAAAGUUCUCCAGCCGCUGCGGCGGCCUUUAUUAUCUUGCCAUGACCAUCGCACACACCUCCUCCUCUCUUGUCUUCCUUGCUCCUCCUCCCUCCUCCAAGACAGAGAGACAGAGUGAGGGAGCCCAUAUCCAUACCCAGUACUGCCUGUGACACUUGUGCUGCUGCUGCGACUCCUGUUGUUUGGCCAGCCUCGUGCCCAUCAUCUGCACCAAGCACGGCCAUAGGGGCCGGGGCCAGCGUCUCGCGCAGUGGCAGUGACCGGCCCUGCUGCGGUCACUUCACGGGUUUCGUCUGCCGCUGUUACAUUACAUCGCCAUGGAUUCUUGAUGGGAGUGGCAUGGGAGUGAGUGCCUCCAACCUCCAACCAGUUUUAAAAAAAGCUUUAUGCGUGACCGCAUUCCUCGAAGCAAGUCGAUCGCGGCCUACAAGGGCUUCUCGACCGAUCGGCCGGAGCUGCAGACUUGUUUGGGGUUUUCUUGAUUAGUUCUUGGUUCGUUUCUGGUUCUCUUUUUCCUGCUUGGAGGAAGGAUUAGGUUCUUCCAUAUCUUUCUGGAUUCGUGCUGAUCUCUGCGGGUGCCAAAAGAUGAGCGUGCCGCACCUGUUCCGGUGUCCGAUCAGCCUCGACAUCUUCACGGACCCGGUGACGCUCUGCACGGGGCAGACGUACGACCGUCAAUGCAUCGAGCGGUGGCUCGCCGACGGCCACCGCACCUGCCCCGUCACAAUGCAGGCCCUCGACGACGGCGACACCACCGUGCUCGUGCCCAACCGCACCCUACGCCACCACAUCGAGCGCUGGCUCUCCGCCACCACCGACCACAGCCUCCCGGAGUCGGCGGACGACGAUCCGUCGCUUGCAGCGCUCAAGCGGUGCCUCCAGUCCGACGCCACCUCCGCCGCCGCCAAGAUCGGCGCGCUCAAGAAAGUCUUGGCGCUGGCGUCCGAGUCCGACGUCGGCCGCGCGUGCAUGCUGCAGCUGGGGUUCCUGUGCGUGCUCCUGCCGCUCGUCUUCCACGCGGCGCCGGCCGUGCCAGCGGAACGCCACGCGGAGGAGGCGGAGCAGCUCGCGCUGCAGUGCGCGCUCAGCCUCAUGCCGUCGAACGCGGCCGCGCCGCAGCUCGACUGCCUCAACAUGCUCAAGAAGGAGGACAACCUCGCGUCGUUCGUCCGGCUGCUGGGGCGAGGCAGCGGCCGGGCCAAGGCAGGCCUGUGCCGCCUUCUGGAGACCGUCGCCACGGCCGCGGCGACGCGGGACCUGGCGCUCGUCGUGGCCGCCUCGCCGCGCGUGUGGCAGGCGCUGCUGCCGCUCCUGCAGCAGCAGCACGCCGGCCCGGCCCCCGACGCGCGCGCCUCGGAGGCCGCGGUGCGCGCGAUCGCCGCGGUCUGCGCGGCCGAGCCGGCGCGAGGCAGCGCCAUCCACCACGGCGCGGUCGGCGCGCUCUUCAGGCACCUGUCGUGGUGGGCGUACGGCAAGGGCGGCGGCGCCGUGUCCAGCGCGCUCGCGGCGGUGGAGGCGCUGGCAGAGACGGAGGCCGGGCGCAGGGCGGUGGCGCGCGCCCCGGGCGCAACGCGGAUCCUCGUGAGGCACGUGUUCAUGAUGUCGUCGAGCAAUGACGGGAGCGAGCACGCGGCGGCGGCGCUGCUGGCCGUGUGCAGGGAGUCGCGGGCGGCGCGGAGCGAGGCGGUGGGCGCCGGGGUGGUGACGCAGCUGCUGCUGCUGCUUCAGAGCCAGUGCGGCGCCAGGGCCAAGGCCAAGGCGAGGGCGCUGCUGAAGCUGCUCAAAUCCAGGUGAACUAGAGUAGAGCUGAGUAGUGCUCGUUAGAGUUAGCGAGGAUUUAGAUGUUCUUGUAAGCUGUAAGUUUCUGCGUCAAGAAUGUCUACCAAUGUCAUGGUAUUCAAUUCCGUGUGUCAAGGAGUACUCUGGAUCGAGAGAUUAAAUUGUCAGGAUGUAUUUGGCGAUUC